AACUACAAGCACCAGUUUGAAAGUGCAACAAGAACUAGUAUUCCAAGUGGUCAGAACCAGUGAAAUAGUUUAUUUUACCGCUAUAUUCCUAUUCCUCUAAUAUUUCACUAUAUAUUCACAUUAUUUCUCACAACAACUACAACUCCGAACGUCUCCAUUUUCCAACAAUCCUCUUACCCAACGGCGAGUCGUAUUUGAAAAAUACACAAUAUAAUCCACCUUUUUCCAUAGCGCAAUCUUAAAAAUAGCGAAUCAAAACUAUGAAAAAAGACGUUCGAAGCAGCUGCAAAUGGCGCGUCUGUCCGCCAAAGGCAAGAAGCAAUUGGAACACAAUGGAAACCAGGUUUUGUCCGAGCCGGUGGAAUUUCCACCCGAUAUCGGUGUACCUUGAUAGUACACUUAGUCAGCAGAGUUGAACGACAGAAGUCAUUCAUUUUUUUGAAGGAGAGGCCGGCGUGAGACGAGGAGGUUCGACGGCGAGACGUUCCUGAGGACGUACGUUUACCCGUGUCCCUACCACUUUCUUCAGCCGGCUGGUGGGCACUGCGUUCUCGUUACCGUGGUCCACGCUGCACUACCGUUCUACUAUCUCCUCAUUCACUUGCUGAUUCGACAAGACCGAAGAACACGCGCGGGAUCUGGAGACUCACCUUCGAGCCCGGUCAGUUGAGCUUUCGGGAACGAGCGGACAUCCGUUCGGUCGUCACCCGUUGCCUAUGGUGCGCGAAUUUCGAUACUAGACAGGCUAAGUUUUCACUGACUCCGACUGUUUAUUCGUAUCGAAUUCAGUCGGUCGCCCGAUAAAUCGUACUCCACGAACGAUUCCUUCGAAUUCUCUUCGGGAAGAAUAACAACGACGAACAACAGCCGAGAGAAUUGUCGAGUUACGAGGAAAUUCGAGAGGGAAUCGAGGGAUUCGUCGGUCUUAUCGAAACGUCGUUAGGAUCUGUCGAUUGAGUGACAUUUCAUCAUUGACCGUAAUUCACCGAGUUGAUCGACGAUUUGAAAAACCGUGAAAAUUGUUUGCUUUGGUGUUGACUGCUGGAAGGAAAGCACGCAAGGAUCGAUAGUUGGUGCGAUCUCUUAUCAGCAUGGACAGUGAUUAACCGUCUGCCGGAAAGGAACAGAUUAAUCGCGGUCAGCGAGCUUUCUUUCAACCUGGAAAGAAGUUGUCGAAGAAGAGAUACGUAUGUCAGAAGAAUACUGCUGGACAAGGGAAAUAACAAUCGUAUUCUAAUUGCGAACGACCGAUGAAACGUGCGUGUAGCACCUUGCUGAUAUAGAAACUUGUCCCGCGUGCUUUUCUUUCUUCCAUUCGCUGGACACCACGAAACUGUUGUGCGUUAUAUAAAGACGGAUUUUACUGGUCAGUUAAUGAACCCGGCUGUGCGAGCAUAUCGGCUGCGUCUGUCAGCGACCUUAUGAAAGUGCACAGCGAUUUUUAAAAACUAGCGCGCCGGGGUUAAACGUUAAGAUACAACUUUAUGAGCAGCAACAUUGAGCAGGUGGUUUCACGAUUAAACGAUAAGAACGUGAAAAACUCAUUCCAGAAUAUCAAUUAAAAAGAGAAGAACAUCAAAGAAGAAAGAGCCGAUAUUAAUUUUGCUUGUUACGAAGAACAACCUAUAUCCGCUGUCUACGUUUCAGUGCCGAGUCGAUUGCAUCCCCAAAAACGAUGUUCGGAGAAGUCACGUGAAGUCUACUUUCGAAACGUAACACAUCGUAGAUUAUCUGUAAGAAGACUUCUAUGGUGCGGUGACGACAAACAGAGCACAAAACGUUCAUUUACUUUGAGCACCUAAUUUUACAAGGAGCACGUGAAAAAAAUAACCGCUCGUAUUAUCAUCCUCGUGAUCUUGAAUAUUACACGACGAAUUACCUUGAGUCAUCACACUGUAACUGGUAUCCUAGAACUUUCACGAGGAAUACGCUUAUGAGCCAAUUAGACGGCGUACUAGUUUGAAGUUGAUUUGGAAACUCGUUAUUUUCGACCGUCUGGGAUUUCUAGAAGCAAAGUUCAAGAUGAAGUUCAUCGGGUCACUGUUCGGGAUCAGAUCCCCCAAAACGAUGGGCAAACAAUACAUGAAAGUGGGGAGGAACGCUCUUUUCGGUGUAAGGACAGAUCAACACGAUAGCUUGUGCACGGACACGGUUCCUAAGCCUUUAUCAUUCCUCCUGACCAAGAACGGGAAACUCAAACAUGGUAGACUUUCGGCUAUACUUAUAGGUAUUCUCACUCUUGUGAUCGGCAUUAUCUUAAGUAGUAUACCUUGGGUGGAUUAUAUUAUUUUGAAGCAACUACGGCUAUGGAAUGGUUCCAUUUCGUUUCAGUACUGGCAAAAACCCGGUGUAGUUCGAUUAACGAAAGUGUAUAUAUUCAAUGUAACAAAUGCGGAGAAUUUCUUGCAAUUCAACGAGAAGCCGAAGCUGCAGGAAGUUGGGCCGUUUGUUUAUAAGGAAGACAUGGAAAAAGUGAAUAUUGUCUUUCACAACAAUGGUACUGUGAGUUAUCAACACAAGAAGAUAUUAAACUUCGUACCAGAAUUGUCGCAGGACAAAAACAUGAGAUUAAUGGUACCAAACAUUCCAUUAUUGACUGUAUCAACGCAGAGUAAGAGUCUGCCUCGAUUCAUUACUUUAGGAUUAUCCAUGUUUCUAAGCGGAAUGCACAUGAGUCCGUUUGUUCCUGUAACUGCUCAACAGCUUGUUUUUGGAUACGAUGAUCCAUUAGUUAGCAUUGCGCAUCAGUUUUUCCCAAAAACAAGACGCCCGAUGAGUCAAAUGGGACUUCUACUUGGAAGGAAUGGUACUAUAAACGAGGUAUCUACCAUUUUCACGGGCCAUACCGAUAUGAAGGAAUUUGGAUUAAUAAACCGACUAAACGGAUUAGAUCGUUUACCGUAUUGGCCAAAUGCUCCUUGUAACUCUAUUCGAGCUUCAGAAGGAUCCUUCUUUCCUCCUCGUGAACUAACCGGCGACGAUAUCGUCCAUCUCUGGGAUAAAGAUAUUUGCCGGACUUUGCCUUUGCAAUAUCGCGGCCCUACAGAGAAGUCAGGAAUUAAAGGAGAUUACUACACUCCUUCUGACGUUGUUUUCGGACGACCAAACGAUAAAGCUCCGGAAAACGAGUGUUUUUGUUCCAGUGACAUGUCGACUUGUCCUAUGGAUGGUCUGCAAAAUAUUAGUCCUUGCCAGUAUACUGCGCCAGUUUAUCUCUCCUUUCCACAUUUUUAUAAGGCGGAUCCUAAACUGUUGGAUGCGGUCGAAGGUUUGGAGCCAAAUCAAGACCGGCAUGAAACCUACUUUAAGAUUCAACCGAAACUUGGUGUGCCGCUAGAAGGAAAAGUUCGUUUGCAGUUGAACUUAAAAGUUGAACACCAGCCGAACAUCGCUGUCGUGUCGGAUUUUCCCGAUAUCGUAUUUCCAAUCAUGUGGGUGGAAGAGGGUGUCGAGGAACUGACGCCCUCUAUCCGCAGGUGGAUCUACUUAGCAACGACGUUCUGCGACAUCGCUGUGCCCUGUACCUCGUACGGAUUAAUUCUAGUCGGUUUAAUAAUCAUAAUCACUGUUUCCGCGAAAGUUUACAACAACGUUGUAUUUACACACGAAGCGAUAGAAUUAGGGAAACGAACGAUCAGAAGAGGUUCGAUGUUACUGGUGAACGGACAACACAGACUGCUAGUGACGCGAGAUUCGUACGUUCUGCUUAACGACAGUAGAAACGAGAAGGCGGAAAGGAUAAGUGUCUAGCCUUCAUAGUAAUAAUUUUGUAUCUACGAUUAAUAAAAUAAGAUACAUUUAAGUAUAUAUCCCGCGUUGCUGGGGAGUUGGUACUUGGGCGGAAUGCGGGUCUAAUUGGUUGCACUGGAAAGAGGCACGCUUUUCUUCGUACCCAAUUUAGACAGUAAUGUGUGAUACCAUUCAUUGAUACAAUCGCACGGUAUUUGAUUAACCCUCUUGCUACAAUGGACAAGAUAUCUCGAUUCCACGGUGUCGAAUAAACGAUGCUAUGAACGAGAUAUCUCAUCACUAUGAUGUCGUCGUUCAGUCCUAUGGAAGAUAUACCUUGUGUACCUUUAUUAUUGAUAUGAAGUGUUUUAUUUGAAAAUUUGACAGAGGUAAUCGAUUUUUACGAUAUGCCAUCAUUGGUAGAGGAUGCUUAAAAAUGAUAAAUAUAAAGUACUUCAUAUUUUACAAGAUGAGAGUCUGGUGGAUGACAAGAACUGUAAACACUAUAGGAGAAUCGCAGAAUAUUUCCACUGCUGCAAAUAGCACGGCUAUCGACAUUACUUCUAUAUUAGAGCACCAAUAUCAUUCGGGUAUUACAAGAGAUAACACUGUACGGGGACAUCGUGGUGACAAGAUAUCUCGUGCACAGCAUCGUUUCUUCAACAUCCUGAAACCGAGAUAUCUCGUUCAUUGUAGCGAAAGGGUUAAUGCUAAAAACAAAACACACAGCGAAAGACCCCCUUGCCCUUUUGCUGCCCCUAGUAAGUACCAACUGUCCAGCAACAGAAAGUACUUAUAUACACUGCGUUACGCGACGUUGAAUCGUCUCGCGAUAGUUUUUACUCGUUUUUAAUACUGUACACCAAAGUUUUCCUUCCAAUUACCUGAAGAGGGACGAUGAUGCGUAACAGUUAUAAUAAUCAUGUGUCUGACGAAAUUCCGAUUAUCUCUGCACGAACCAUGUUCGAUUUUGCUGAAUUUCUUUUCCUAUCUGUGAUUUCAUUUCUUUACUUAUGUCGUCAAUGUGCCGUAGCGCGAAACCUAGAUCGUGCUUCGACGAACAGAAACGGGUACUGACUGAUUAAAGAAAAAACGAAACGCAAUUUCAGCAAAAUUCAUUAUCUCGAAUGAUAUGAUAUGAACCGUACAAGAACAUUGCUACUCAACGUGGGCACUUCAUGCAUGAUCGAGAUCUAGUGCAAUAUUAGUACUAUGUAAUAGGUAUUAAUACGAAUAAUUUCCAGGCAAAACGAUAGCUUGAUGAUGGUUACAGUUUACGUCUAAACAUCACAUUUGGAAUUUAAAAAAUAAUCGAACUAAACGAAAGCGAUCGAAAAUGCAUGUUCAAACAUGUUUUAUAUCAUACGUAAUAUUUCGAGGUUGCUAACCAGUAAACCUUACUCAGGACACUUAAUAUUAAAUAGAAAAAGAGUCAAUUGAUUUAUUUUCCUAUGAAGUUUAUACUCAU